AACUUUUAUGUGGAUUAAAUACACAUGUUCCGGCGUUUCAAUUUAAAUUGUACUGAAGUACGGAUAAGUGCACUGUCAUUGAUGUGUUUUGCCGCAAGACUCGUUUACAACAUGUCGAUCUAGACGAAACGUUCCAGGUCAGGAUAUUCCAUGGGGCGUGCAGCUUUUGUCACAGCUUCUGACAUUAAGUGAUGUGUAACCACAUGGGAGAGGUCAUCCGAAGUUUAUUUCCUGUUAUAAAAAUUAUAAUAUUUUAGACUAAAAUUUAAUAAGGAUUCACAGCAUUGUUUGUUUCAUGGAAAUGCUAUUAGGUGCUUUAUUUUUAUCUUUAGUAUACUUAGUAUUGAAUUGUCAUAGUUGAUGGAUCGAUAGAAAAACAAAGGAACAGUUCCAAGGAGCGCCUUCUGCGAAUGAGAUUACUCAUUGUUGAAUUUGACGAGUCUAAGCAAACAUUAUUCAUGAUAUCGAUUGUCAUCAUUCUUGACAGCAUUAGUGCAAAAAUGCCGGUUAUUGGAUAAUCACAUACUUUUGGAAGAAGCGCACUUACAUUUCAAUUAAUCCUGGCCUAAAACACAGAAUGGGUGGGUGUUUUAGCUGUCUGAAGAAGCCUUCCCAUGAGCCUGCCGUUUCAGUUGGGGGUUUGAGUUCAACCAGUAGUCCAAAGCAUGGAUUGGACACUAAUGGAGCGGUAACCAGCCCCAACCAGGUAAAUGUCAGAGUUGCAACACCUCCAACGGCAAAUCUUGGACCUUUACCUAUAACACUUCAAUCGGUUGACGGAAGGCCGGAGGCUGGGGAUGCCCCUCGUGCUAUACCAAAAAUCUUUGUAGCGUUGUAUGACUAUGAUGCUAGGACUGCAGAGGAUUUGAGUUUUAGGAAAGGUGAACAUUUGGAAAUACAGACUGAUACUGAAGGAGACUGGUGGUUUGCAAAGUCUCUGACAACAAAACUUGAAGGAUAUAUUCCGUCAAAUUAUGUGGCCAAGUUGAAAAGUUUGGAAUCAGAACCAUGGUAUUUUGGCAAAAUUAAAAGAGUUGAAGCUGAGAAAAAACUUCUGUCUCCAGAAAAUGAGCAUGGUGCAUUUUUAAUACGAGACAGUGAAAGUCGACGGAAUGACUAUUCACUCUCAGUUCGAGAUGGAGACACAGUCAAACAUUACAGAAUCCGCCAGCUGGAUGAAGGUGGCUUCUUUAUUGCACGGCGCAUCACGUUUAGAACUCUGGCAGAACUUGUGGACCACUAUAGCGCUGAUGCUGAUGGCUUGUGUGUGAAUCUGAGACAGUCAUGUACUCAGGUUGAAAAGCCACAGACGGUAGGCCUCUCUUACAACACUAAGGACCAGUGGGAGAUCCCUAAACCCUCCCUGAAACUAUUGCGCAAGAUUGGGCAUGGUCAGUUUGGAGAGGUGUGGGAAGGACUGUGGAAUAACACAACACCAGUGGCCAUAAAAACACUUAAACCAGGUACGAUGGACCCGAAGGAUUUCCUGGCGGAGGCCCAGAUAAUGAAGAAGCUGCGUCACGAGAAGCUCAUCCAGCUGUAUGCUGUGUGCACACAGGACGAGCCCAUCUACAUCAUCACAGAGCUCAUGAGGCACGGCAGUCUGCUGGAGUUCCUGCAGCAGGGUAAGGGCAGAUCACUGAAGCCUCCGCAACUGAUCGACAUUGGUGCCCAGAUCGCCAGCGGAAUGGCCUACCUGGAAUCCCAGAAUUACAUACACCGGGACCUGGCCGCACGAAACAUACUGGUCGGCGACAAUAAUAACGUGAAGAUCGCAGACUUUGGUCUCGCUCGCGUUAUUAAGGUGAAUGAGGAUGAAUAUGAAGCCAGGGUUGGUGCCCGAUUCCCAAUCAAGUGGACCGCCCCAGAAGCGGCUAGCUACAACCGGUUCACGAUUAAGUCCGAUGUCUGGUCCUUUGGAAUCUUGCUCACAGAAAUUGUUACCUACGGUCGCAUACCAUACCCAGGCAUGACGAACGCGGAGGUGCUACAUCAGGUGGAGCAUGGCUACAGGAUGCCCUGCCCCCCGGGCUGCCCCAAAAACCUCUAUGAGAUCAUGCUGGAGUGCUGGAAGAAGGAGGAAAUGGAGAGGCCCACCUUUGAGACGCUGCAGUGGAAGCUGGAGGAAUUCUUUAACAUGGAGACCACUGAUUACAAGGAGGCAGCGAAUGUUCGAUAACUUUGCGGAGUCCAUGUAGGCGCCAGUUUUCGCCAGUUUUUGGGCAGAUUGCAAUUUUGUUUGGUUGGUUUUAAUCUUUGGACAUUAAUUUUAAGUAAUUAAUUAUCCAUUGGUAUGAAUUUGUGGGAAAUCUGCAAUUUCAUAUGUCAUGAUUUGUGUUAUGGGUUAAAGAUCAUCUGAGGUGAAUUUGUAUCUCAAUGUCUGUAGAGGUAGUUUUAAUUAAACAGAAAUUUGAUUAAAUGUGUUUUUUUUAGUUGACAAUGUGUACAUAUGAAUUUAUAUCCAUCGUGUGAAUUAGUAGAAAAGUAUGAUUUGUUUGGAACAAUAUGAGUUUAUAUGUGUUCAUUAUUUUAAUACGUUUAAUUGAAGUAAAACUUUAUUUGUAUUAUUGUAUGGUCUUUUUGGGGAAAAGUUUAUCAGUUAUUCCCAUCUGUUUUUGCACAUGUUUACUUCUUUACUUAUACAAUAAUUUGUAUUUUAUGUAAUAUACAAAUACCAAAAGAAAUGAAAUACAGAAUACAAAAUGAGUGAGCAUACAAAUGUCAUAAUUCUGUGUCCAGGGAAAUAAUCUACUGACAAAUGCUUAGAAAAAACAGAAUCAUCAAUGAAUGCAUGUCCUGCUGAAUCAUGUUCCUAUGAAUGUGUGCACAGAGCCAUGCAUGGGCUGCCUAUACAUGUGGGGAUCCUAUCUCUGAGGUAUGGGGAUCCUAUCUCUGAGGUAUGGGAUCCUAUCUCAUAGGUAUAUGUCUGUUUUCAUGGUUGUACUCUUUAUACAAGAAUUUAAAUGUUAUAUAAAUGUUAACAAAGAUCUAUUGAUAAUGGUUGUGUCUUUUAAGUGAGGACAUAUAAUGAUAGAUACGAAGUUUACAAAGUUGAUGGGUUGUAACUUUGCCAUGGAUUAUAUGUUACAUAAAUGUAGCUUGUCAUCUGAUAUUUUAAAAAAGACAUUCUUUGGGUUAUUUGGAGUAUUUCUUAGGAGACAGUAAAUAAGGGUUGCAGGUUCGAUCCUUUUUAAAUGGAAACUACACAUUUGUACAACGUGUAUCAUGCAUUUUGUCAGAUGCUGUAAUGUUAAAGAGAUGAAUUUAUAAAGUGAUCUAAAUGUGUAUUUUAGAUUUUGAAUUAAUUAAAACAUUUCUGUAUUUUAAAAUAAAUACCCCCCUGCCUCAGGGGCUAUGCCCUUCUUAUGUCUGUAAAUUUGACUUUAAGAUUCCCUGUGAGAUUUUCAUGAAGUUUUACUUGAAUGUUGUUGUUUUAUCAUAGAUAUUUCAUCACCCAUUCUUCUGUCUGUCAAUCCAUCAUGCUUCUUGUGCAGAGCUUAACUCAAGAAGUGUUGAAGAGAUUCAAAUGAUGUGUCAUAUAAUGAGUCGCGUUCUGAGAAAACUGGGCUUAACGCAUUUGCGUAAACGGUCGUAUUCCGCACAGGCUUAUCAGAGACGACACUUUCCGCUUUCAUGGUAUUUUUAGUUUAAAGGAAGUCUCUUUUUACUGAAAAUCUAGUAAAAGCGAAGUGUCAUCCCUGAUUAGCCUGUGUGGACUGCACAGGCUAAUCUGGGACAACACUUUACGCACAUGCAUUAUGCCCAGUUUUAUCAGAACAAGAUACUAAUGAUAGGGAGCACGUAAGGGAAGUGCAUUAGAACCAUAACUCUUUCUUCAGGAUUUACAGAGUUAUUGCUCUUAGUCAGUUUUGUUGUGCAGAUUAUACCUCGUGAAGUAUUGGAGAUAUUUUAAUAAAAAUGUGUUCAUUGAUAGAGGACAUCUAGAGGAAUUGCAAAGGAUAAUAAUAACAACUUGUUUCAGUAUUUUUAAAGAAAUUGCCCCUGGCUUAAAAAAAUUGCUUCUUUGAAGUGUGUCUAGUAGAAAAUGACUUGCAUAACGUUUCCAUAAAAUUACUAAAUACUAGUCAUAUGCAUGUAUUUGUGUAUAGCCUAAGAUAGAGUAUUAGUAAAUAGUAAUGCAUUUAAGUAGUAGAGAAUUCCCUUUGCAUAUUGCUUGUUUCUUUUAUGAUGCUUUAUAAUAAUUAAGCAGUUUGUAAUGGUUGUAAUGUGCACUUGUGUUAGUGCAUUUCUGUCUUAUAAUAUUUAAUGUUGUUUAUGGAUAACUAUUUCUUGUUUUUUGUGUGUCCAUUUUGCUUGAAGUCCCAAUUGCUUGAUGUUCAAGAAUAUUUCUUACCAUUUGUAAUACUGUACAACUUUGUGAACUAAUAAACUGACCAUUGAAAUAUCUUGAACAAAUUUGAAGUUUUGAAAGGUUCAAGUACAUUGGAAGAACUCGGUCAUAUUACCAGUUAUAAAGCUUUUAAAAGAUUUUGGCUGUAGUGCAAACUGAAAUAUGAGGAACUGUCAAUUUUAUUUGAAAUUAAAAUUCUGUUAUCUUCUAUUAUAUCAAUUUUAAUAUAAAGUGCUAGAGCUUUAGGUUUUUGAACAAUUAAAAUGUUGUUGUGCAACAAAAUCUAGUUCAGUUAUUAUCCCACACCAAAAGUGGAGGGAUACAGAAUUGAAAUUGUCCGUCUGUCACAAAACUUAAUGGCUAUAUCUAAAAAACUAUAUAAGAUAUCAACAUUAAACUUCAUGGGUGUAUAGAUAUGAAUUAGAAGAAGUGCCAUGCACAAGAACCAUAACCCUACACUUUCUUGAAUUAGAGUUAUUGCAUUUUUUUUUUUGUAUGAUGUUAAGUUUGAGGGCUUUAUCUCAGAUACUGCACACGAACCAUAACCUUACACUUUCUUAUUAACCAGGUUUUCCGAAGGAAAAAACUGGUUAUUAGAUUGGCGAAUGCGGGCGGUCUGGCUGGCUGGCUGGCGGGCUGGCGGGCGGGCGGAACAAGCUUGUCCGGGCCAUAACUAUGUCGUUCAUUGUCAGAUUUUAAAAUCAUUUGGCACAUUUGUUCACCAUCAUUGGACGGUGUGUCGCGCGAAAUAAUUACGUCGAUAUCUCCAAGGUCAAGGUCACACUUUGAGUUCAAAGGUCAAAAAUGGCCAUAAAUGAGCUUGUCCUGGCCAUAACUAUGUCAUUCAUUGUGAGAUUUUAAAAUCAUUUGGCACAUUUGUUCACCAUCAUGGGACGGUGUGUCGCACGAAAGAAUCACCUCAAUAUCUCCAAUGUCAAGGUCGCCACGACUAAAAAUAGAUUUUUUUUAAAAACAAACUUACAAAGGGGGUUUAUUUUGUUUGUUCAUUUCAAAAGUUCAGUUUGAGUUUUCUCCCUUUAUCAGAUUUUUUUUCACAAUGAAAACCUGGUUUUGUGACAAUUUUGUCCCUUGUAUAAGAGUUAUAGCCAUUUGUUGUUUUUGUGUGAUGUUUUUUUUCAGGGCUUUAUCUCAGAUACGCUACAAAAUUUCAACAUGAAAUUUCAUGGGUGUAUCAAUGAGGAGAGGUGCAAUGCAUAAAAUCAAAUAUAGAACACUUUAUUAUUGUGUAGGAUUAUACCAUAUAUCAAGGGAUUCGCAUCCAUCCAUAAAUAACAUUUAUUUUGCGGGGAAUAUAAAUUCAACAAAUUUCAAAUUUGCUUGUUUAUUAGCAAUUUUAUUAUCAAUUUUUGCGUCAUAAUUAAAUAAAUGCAUUUUUAGAACAGUGGUUUAAUUUCCAUGCAGGUUAAGGUGUUUUUAUAUUUUUUAAGUUGCAGAAUACUUGAUGCCUCACAGAUGUGGGUUGUGCAUAAUAAGUGUGUACACUUUUAGUGCUUUAAUAUGCUGAUAUGGAUUGUUCUUAAUUGUAUGGCAAGUUUGGAGGACUUUUACUUUUCAGGAGCAAUUCUAAUUAAACACUGUAUGACAAACCUAAGUUACGAUGUAAUUUUUGACUAUAAUUGCUGAGCAGCAUCAUAUAUGAUUAGUUUUUUGAAGUUAUUCUAUUCUUGUUCAUUUCAAUGUUUCAUUAGACCUUUAUUUUUGGAACAUAUGUCUAUUUUGUUGUGCUGAUAAAUUUCCAUUGUAACAGUGCAUGAUAAACCUAAACAAUGUACAAAAACAUUGCUGGAAUUCUAAAAAAAAUUAUGUUAAGCAUGUCUACUGCCAAUUGACUUCAGAUAUUCUGGCGUUAAUGCAUACUUUAUUAUGCAAAUUAUAUCAAAGUACCAAGAAACCUACUUACUGGUAUUGUGAAAUUUUUCAUAUGAAAUAACUCGCUAUCAUUUCACCAAUAUCAAUUGAAAAUAUAUAAUAUGUGCAUGAUAGAUGAGUGGAUGAUGUUUAUAAAACUUUGCAGGUAUUUAUAGUUAUUUAGAAUGAAUCUAAAAAGGAAUUUGCACAAUAGUUGAUCUCUAGCUGGUGUUUUGUACAUUUCUUUACAUAUGUAGUACUGGUGUAUGUAUAUUUUAGCCGCGUUCUGAGAAAACUGGGCUUAAUGUAUGUGCGUAAAGUGUUGUCCCAGAUUAGCCUGUGCAGUACUCACAGUUUAGGCAGAAAGUGUCAUCUCUGAUUAGCCUGUGCGACUGUGCAGGGUAAUCUGGGACGGCACUUUACGCACAUGCUUUAAGUCCCAUUCUCUCAGAACAAGGUAUAUUCGAUGCUUAAACACUGCAGGCUUUGCUUAUAGUGAUUGCUUGUAUAUAAUGGUGGCUUAUCUUUUUAGGUUUAUGCCAUCCGCACAGGCUAAUCAGGGAUGACACUUUCCCCUUUUAUGGUAUUUUUCGUUUACAGAAAGUCUCUUCUUUGCAAGAAUCCAGUUUAGGUGGAAAGUGUCGUCCCUGAUUAGUCCUGACACUUAACCCACAUGCAUUUACCCUUUUUUCACAGGGUACGGCUCAUAUAUAUUCAAAGACACCAAGUACUAGUUCUAGGCUCAGGAAACUUGAGAGCGUUUAUAAUAAGUAGUAAGUUCUUUAAAUGCAAUCAAGCUAAAAUAGAUAGGUAUAGACUAAGCUUAACAAUGUAUUCAUAUUUCACAAAAUUGAUUUUUUGCGUGGAAAUUAUAGUUUUUAAACUAAGCCUUUAUGAUUUUUUGUGACGGUUUUGAUUGUACAGUUAUAUUGAUAUUAUGGUUGUAAUAGGUUUAACCAGUGAACUGCAUUAUGGUAUGUCUGAGUUCAACCAUUACCCCCUUAAUUUGUUACCAAUAUUUUGGUCUGAAAUAUUCAUGCAAAUGGGGCAAACUGAGUUAACCUAUUAAAACUUAAAUAAAUGUUUAUCUAGAUCGAUAUACUUCCAUGACAAAGCAUAUAAAAUUGUUCUUAAUUUUCUUAUGCAUUUUAAGUUGGACUCACCAGCUCAGUUGGUAGAGCACUUUACUACAAGUUAGAGGAUCACAGGUUUGAACCCCAUCCCGGCAACAUAUCUUGUGUGGUGAUUGGUCACAAAAUCCUUUCUACAGCCACUUCCCCGGCCUCUAAUUCAGGUGGGGCAGUAUCUGGUUUGCGGUCGAGCACUCAGUAAUGGUAAACCAGCCUGCCAAGAAAAAGAGUGAGUUUUGUAACCCUUGUUUGUGGUAUAAUUGAAAUACUUUUGAAAACGGCAAAACACACCAACUAAACAAACUGGCAAACUGCUGUAUUUACUGAAGAACAUACAUUGAAGCUUUAUUGUUUAAUCAAUUAUUGCAAAUAAUCAUUUGACAAUUAUUGAAUGUUGUCGGGCAUUUUUUUAAUAAGUUCAACAAAACGUUUAUGCAUGUUUGAAGUAGUAAUUACUUAUUUUGAACAUAUUCAACAUUUAGCAUCAAAUAAAGAAAUUAGGUUUUACCACUGUAUGAGGAAAAUGUGUACCAGAAAUUGUGAACAGAUAAUCUUCUUUUGCUCAACAGUUGAUGCUUUUCAUUAUUUUAAGUGAUUUGUAUUGUAUUUAUUUGUGAAGUCAAUGUGUACAUACUCAAAUAUAUUUUAUCUCUUCCAAAGUAGCAUAAUUUUGGUUCAAUAAUAUGGACUUUGUUUGUUGAUUCAUGUGUUCUUCACUGUUUUAUUGGUCAUAUGCAUAAGCACAUGUAAUCCGCAAUAAAACAUAUAUAUGAUACAUAUAAUUUAACACCUUACUUAUAGUUACUUUCGUAUUGUUCAUGUAUAUAUUAGAAGAAGUACAUGCAACAUUUUCAUAGUAACUUGCUUAUUGUUCAUGUAUAUAUUAUAUGAAGUACAUGAAACAUUUUAAAGUUUUAAUUAAGCAAAAGGUAAUAGUUUUGAAACCAGUGCAUUUUUUAAAGUUAUAGUCACUAUCUGAGAAGCUCUUUAGAAAGCUCUUAGCAUAUCGAUUUUAUAAACAGAUCCAAAAGAAAUGGUAAAUAGGAAAGUUUAUAAACAGAUCCAAAAGAAAUGGUAAAUAGGAAAGUUUAUAAACAGAUUCAAAAGAAAUGGUAAAUAGGAAAGUUUAUAAACAGAUCUAAAAGAAAUGGUAAAUAUGAAUGUUUAUAAACAGAUCCAAAAGAAAUGGUAAAUAGGAAAGUUUAUAAACAGAUCCAAAAGAAAUGGUAAAUAGGAAAGUUUAUAAACAGAUCCAAAAGAAAUGGUAAAUAGGAAAGUUUAUAAACAGAUCUAAAAGAAAUGGUAAAUAGGAAAGUUUAUAAACAGAUCCAAAAGAAAUGGUAAAUAGGAAUGUUUAUAAACAGAUCUAAAAGAAAUGGUAAAUAGGAAUGUUUAUAAACAGAUCCAAAAGAAAUGGUAAAUAGGAAAGUUUUUAGGAUUGAUUUUGGCUGUAAUGAAUACAUAACAAGAAACAAAUCCAACUUCACCACAAAAUUGUGAUAUUAGUAAAACAGAAUGCAUAUACCUUUUAAAACAUCUCAUGGAAAUACUUACCCACGUCUUCGCACUUAAUAAUCAGAAAUUUGUACAAAUAGGCUUAAGCACAUGCUUUUUGUGUUCUUGCAUAUUUAUUUCACCUGUACCCACUGCUUGGGCAAAGGACAUGAACUAUGUAUAUAAUUAAUUAUUUCAGACAGAAAGCCAAUUUUUGCAUUUUACUGGUAACAGUUUAUUGAAUUUGUUGGCAAAUUCAAAUUUUUAGGUCCUAUUAUUAAUGAAAGGUUGUUUAACAGGGUUAAAACUAUGUAUAUUAAGUGUUCACUUAUUUCAUUGUUAUGUUAUUUUAUCCAUAUUAUUGCUUGAUUUACUUUUGGUACAGUGUAUACUGUUUUUCUCUCAAGUAGUCUUGUUAUAAUGUUGUGUACAUGUUUUUAUCUUUACAUGGUGUAAUUUUGUAGCUAUUCUUAAUGAAGCAAAGUAAAAUGUAUGGAAAAC